AAUUGUUAACCGCUGUCAUUACUGUUGCUACCUCUAACCUUAAAAAUCAUUAUCAAUAUUGUGCUGUCGUCAGUUAAUUUAAUAUUCAAGUAUUAUUAAAGUCAAUUCAACAACCCAGCAAAAAUGAACAAUACGUCAUCUGAUGAAUCCGUAGACGAGGAAGAUGUUAUACGAAAUUUCGAUGCAGAAGCGCGAUUGAUAAUAAAUACAGAUACGUUACCAAAGAAAUCUGUCGAUCGAUACAAUCUUGUUUACGACACGUAUAAAAAGUGGCAGAUAGAACACAAAACUUUACUGUCAAACUCUGCAGAAAAUAAUUUGAUUGUGUAUUUUAAGGAACUAUCUAAAAAAUUAAAGCCGUCAACUAUAUGGAGUGUUUGGUCAAUUUUAAAAAGUACAUUAAAUACAAGAGACAAUGUUAACAUAAAUAAUUUUCUUAACUUGAAAGCUUUAGUCAAAAAUAACUCUAAAGGAUACAAACCGAAAAAGUCCUCGGUCUUGAAAUGGGAUGAAAUUUUAAAAUUUAUUAAUAAUGCACCAGACUAUGUUCACUUAGCUUCAAAGGUUAUUUUAAUCUUUGGCAUAUGUGGAGCUCUUAGAUGUGAUGAACUUACGAAACUUAAAAUUCAAGAUGUAGAAAACAACGGUAAUAAGUAUCUUGUUUCUAUUCAUGAAUCAAAAAAUGACAUGCCUCGACAAUUUAUUAUUGGAGACCUUUUUUAUAAGAAAGUUACUCAGUACAUGUCACUGAGGCCUAAAGAUCAAUUUACUGAUAGAUUUUUUAUCCAGUAUCAUAAAGAGAAGUGUCAACGUCAGGUUAUUGGCAAGAAUAAAAUUGGGGAGACACCUCAAAUUAUAGCUGCAUACCUUAAUUUAGAAAAUCCAAAACAGUACACCGGUCAUUGCUUUCGUAGAACGGGUGCUACGCUUUUAUCCAACUCAGGAGCAAGCACUACCAUGCUUAAACAACUAGGUGGAUGGAAGUCACUUACAAUAGCACAAGGUUACGUCGAAAAUUCGUUAAAAAAUAGAGAAAAAAUUUAUGAACGUAUUACUAAUGCUACUGUAUCUAAUGAUCAUCUGAAUCCACAACCAUCGACUAGUAAAAAUUAUUCUAGUGGCACAAUAACUGCAAAUAAAAAUUUGAAAUCUACUGAACAAAAUGAUAAUUCCGAUGAUUUUUCUGAUGAUUUUAUAAUAAGUGAAGAUGAUCUAGUAGCAAUUGAUAAAUUAAAUCAGUUAACAACAACAAAACCUCCAAUAACCUCGGUUACAACACAGACAAAAAGAAAAGUACUAACAGAAUCUAAUAAACCAUUACCUUCAACUCAUUUUAUGUCAUUACCACCAAUUCCAUCACUCUUUGUUAAAAAACAAGAAAAUGAACCACCGUUAAAAAUGAAAAAACAUUAUGAAACUAAUACUCAUACUGGUGAACUAUCAUCAGAAUGCUUAUCUACACAUUUAAAUUUUAAUAAUCAAAUUAUGAAUUUUCAAAAUUGUAUAUUUACCGAAGAUAUUAUUUCUAACUGCUCUAAUAUUAAGUUUGAAAACUGUGUUUUUUAUGGAAAUUUCAUUAAUAAUUGUGAUAAUUCAAAUGAAAAUGAAAACGAUAAAAAAAAACGCAAUAAGAGUUUUUAGGUUAUAAUAUGUUUUGUUUUAUAAAUUUUAUUAUAAUUAAUAUAAUUUGUUAAACUAAAGAAAAUAAAGACAUCUUUGAUAAAAUGGAAUUAAUUUAUUUUUAAAAGAUAUGACAGGACUUGACUCUUCGAAUGUAUUUUAUGCCUGCCCCCCCGACCAGCAGCACUCGCUUCGCUCGUGCCGCAAAUGUCGGGGGCAGGCAUCAAAAACAUGCUCAUCAACAUUUAAAGUGAAAAAAAAUAAAAUUAAUAACGUACUUUCGACCGGCUAUGAAGAAAAAUCGUAUACACUACGCGGGCCAAAAGUUGAAAUCUCGGUCCUGCGCGUCAUGAUGCCC